UGAGCUCUCUGCAAUCUAUCUUAGUUUUUAUACCUACUGCUUUGCGUGCUCUUUGCACUUUCAUUCGCGUUUGCCAUUGCAUUUGUGUGUGUCUCUCUGGUGCAUUCAAGCACGAAAGGGCUUAAAAGACUGUAUGCACUUAUACGUCGUCGCGUACAUGUACUUUACGAGCUCGAGCUAUUCGUCAUAUUCGUUAUAAUAAAACUCCAUGCACAUCGAGUGUUGUAUAUACCUUGUAUUCGCACAUAUACUACAUACUACAUAGCACCGAAAGAGAGAGAGACAGAGACAGAGAGACACUGUACAUUGUAAGGCUGUACUGCUUGCUCUCUGCUAACACCCAUCCGUAUCAUAUAGGUGCUGCAGACGAGUCAACGUGUGUCUGCCAUCGAACUGCAAGAUUGAUAUGUGGUGAAUUUGUUAUUGUUUUUUUUUUUUUGACUCGCACGAUCGAACAGACUGCAGUGACCGAAAUAAUGGCAAUGGCUGAACAGCCGAUGGAUGCAAAAAUCCUAUUAGAGCGAGUCUUCCUUCGUUUAGGAUCAGUUGACUCAGAUGAACAGCUGCAGGCAGCAAUAUGUAAAUUUUUACCUCCUGUUCUUCUGAAACUCUCCAGUACUCAAGAAGGAGUUAGAAAGAAAGUUAUGGAACUUUUAAUUCAUAUAAACAGGAGAAUUAAAAGUAGACCUCAAGUUCAACUUCCUGUAGAAGCUUUGUUGUUACAAUAUCAAGAUCCAUCAGCAAGUUCAUUUGUGAUAAAUUUUACCAUCAUCUAUAUAAAACUUGGCUUUCCAAGGCUAGAAGUUAGCAAGCAAGCUGAACUAAUCCCUAGUGUCUUAAAUGCCAUUCAAGGAAAGCCUUUAUCACAUCAAGAUAGUUUACUGUUAAUAGUAAUGCCAGCAUUAGCUCAUGUGAUUAUACCAUUAGAUCCUGAAAAAAGAGCUGCUCUCUUUGGACUUCAAGACGAACCACAAGUAGCUAAACAACUUCUUAAUUUCAUGCUAGAUAUGUUGUUAUUGCCUUACGGAGCAAUUAGUCAAAAUGAAAAUCAACAACCAGGACAACCUAUUGAUUGGUCUCAAUAUAAAGUGCCACCUGGAAUGAGUGAAUAUGCAUUUAAACGUGUAAUUGGUGAAACCCCUCCGACACCAGAUCAAUUAGAGCAAACAAAAUUAGGAAUUGUAAAAUUUCUUGCUGGAGGAUUUUUUCAAGAUUCUGACAUCCUCAUCCAUUUAAUUGUAGCAGCAGCUGAUACAAGAUUCAGUGUUGCCAAUUUAGCAGAUUUAGAAUUGAAAAAAAUUGUCAAUUUAUUAGAUUGGUCAUCAAUGCAAUUAGCAGCACCUCUUUACACCUUAUUUUUGGGUACUGAAGGGUAUACAACAAUGCAAAGAGAUGCAAAACCAGAAACAAUAAGAAGCCCAGCUAAUAUUCGCAUAAGACUAAAACUUUUAUAUUAUUUAUGUAGAGUAACUAAAGCUGGAUUUAUCAUUCCUCCUUGUAUUCAGGUCAUAUUUGAAUCAUUAUAUGGAAUAAAUCAUUCUAAUUCAAAACUUAAAUCACUGGCUCUUCAGUUUACUUUAAACUUGGUUCAAUCAUGUAGUCUUGCACCAAUCAUUCGAGUAGCAAAAGUAAUAUUAAAUGGAAUGACAAAACUCAUAAGUGAUAACGAGUCUGAAGCUGCUCAUAGACUCAUGGCUUAUACAAUAGUUGGACAGCUUGGACAAAGAAUUCCAGCCCUGGUCAACAAAGAUUUGACUCUAUUACAGAAUUUUUUUGAAACUCUUUCUAAUACUGAUGGUGACUUACGUCGAACCAUUAGAGAUGCAUUGAUAAGUAUGACAUCUGCUUUUAUUCUUAAUAAAGAUGAUGAUACUGGAAUGUCUAUGAUGACGGCUUUAUUGGCAAAUCACAUUGAAUCUCAAGAAGUGCAUGUUAGAUUUGUUGCUGUUCACUAUUGUGCAAAUGUCUUUCCGUCAGAUCACGCUCCUUCGAAAUAUUUAUUGUUGCUGGCAUCUGGUGAUUCCAAAUUAGAAGUACAAUCCGAAGCGUUAAAAUCAUUGUAUGGGUCAUCGUACAAAAAUGAACGGUAUAAAUUUUUUUCCAAAGAUGUUCCUUUGCCAGACUUUGCAAAGCUCAUUACCGAGAUUAAUUCUAAAGCACAACUUAGAGUUAAUGGUCAUAACAAGGUGACAAUUGGAAAUAAAGUACUUCCUUUCAACGUUGCUGUUUUUUCAGAGAUGAUCACGUACCUUCGAUUGUGCUUAGCUAAAAGUGCUGAUAUUAAAAUACAAAAUGAUUCUGUUGAUCACCCUAGUGAACAUACUCCAUUAAUAGGUACUUAUUUAGAAAGUUUGUUCAAAGAAAAUCUUGACAGUUUACAUCAUUACAUGGAUCUUAUAAUAUUAUUUGGACAAGUAACUGGAGAUGAAGUGGCUUUGAGUGCUCUACUUGAAGUAGUUGGUACCAUUCCAAACUGUGUUAUUGAGCAUUACUCAAAUGAACGAACUUGGAUUUACACUUUAUUGUCUUCUACCAAAGAACAUGUCAGAGAUCUUGCCGCAAAAGUGUAUGCAGUUUAUAUGUCUCAUAGUCCCGAUAAUGUGUUUGAAACUCAAAUCAAUAAAAUGCUCAAAACUACUAAAGAUAAAUUACUUGAAAAUCAACAUGGAGCCAUUCUUGCUUUGUCUUACUCAUUAGAGAGGAAAUUAAUAUUACGCAGAAAUGAAGACAAAAAUGCAUUGAUCACAUGGAAUGUCUAUAUCGAUGUGAUAAAAUCCGUUUGUGAUUUUCUGAACGUCAACAACCCAAUGUUACUAUCUGCGGCAAUCAAUGGAAUUGGAAUUAUUGGUAAAACAUAUUCACUACCUUUACCAGCUGAAGCCGAAAAAGGUCAUAGCAAGAAAAGCAUAAUGGAUAAAUUAUUUUCCAUAUUUUCUAAUGGAAAGUCUAGUGCAAAGGUGAAAGAAAAAGUCGUUCUAGCAUUAGGAUACCUAUGUGUAGGAGAGGAGUUCCCACAUACAAAAACAAUCGUCGAGAAAUUUAUUGAUAGUGCAACCGAGACAAAAGAUAUUAACAUACACUUAUCUAUUGGUGAAACGUUGGUAUGUUGCGUUCAAGGGCCAGCUUCGCCAGAAAAUCGAGAUGCGUGGAAAACUCUACCUUCAGAUCAUAAGGUCCCCUACACCGAAGAAAGUGAUAAUUUGCUCACGUUUGUGGUUGAUAAAUUAUUAUCAUUGGCUAAUAAGACUCAUCCCAACUCUAGACAGGCUGUAUGUACAUGGCUAUUAACACUUUUGAAACAUAAUUCAAAACGUGAAUGCAUGUUCAACAAAUUAUCAUCUAUUCAAUAUGCAUUUAUGGACUUCUUGUCUGAAAAUAGUGAAAUUGUACAAGAUAUUGCUGCUAAAGGAUUAUACUUAGUGUACUCCAGCUGUUCAGAAAAUGAUAAGGCAAAACUUGUCAAUGCUAUAACAAAUCAACUGCUGCAUGGUAGAAGAGAAGUUCAAAAAGUUACGGAUGACACUAAAUUGUUUGAGGAAGGUGAAUUAGGAAAAUCUCCAACAGGUGGAAACAUGACUACAUACAAGGAAAUUUGUUCUUUGGCUACUGAUUUGGGAAAACCUGAACUGACUUAUCGUUUUCUACACUUGGCUAAUCAUAAUGCUCUAUGGACUUCUAAAAAAGGUGCAGCUCUUGGUUUUUCACAAAUUGCUUCAUUAGUUAACGAUGAUCUUUCUCAACAAUUGCCCAAAAUUGUCCCAAAAUUGUAUCGUUAUCAGUUUGAUCCAAACAUUAAAACCCAGCAGAGUUUUGCUAGUAUCUGGCGUACUCUAGUACCUUCGACUGCAAAAGCUCUUGAGCAACAUCACAAAGAAAUAUUAGAAGAUAUAACGCAAAAUUUGACGAAUAAUCAAUUUCGCGUUCGAAUAAGUUGUUGUUUGGCAUUAGCAGAUAUAUUAAAGUCUUCAGUUGCUACUCUCAACUAUGCUGAAAGUGCACCUGAAUUAUGGAACCAAUUGUUCAGAGUUAUGGAUGAUAUUCAUGAAGGUACCAGGCUCGAAGCAACUAACACUGCUAAAAUUUUAAGUCGUGUUUGUAUUCGUCAAUGCGACGCUUCUCAGGGUAAGACAGGUGAAGAGGUUCUCCAGGCCAUUCUUCCCGUUCUUCUAGAGAACGGAAUAACUAGCAACGUAAAUACGAUUCGCAUCAUAUCUUUGACAACAGUUUCGCAGUUGGUUUCUGCAGCUGGUAACCUUUUGAAACCAUCGUUGCCGAGUCUCAUACCAGCUCUAUUAAGCGCCAUUGGCGAGGUUGAAGAUGAAAAACUUCUACAUUUGCGCAAUGUAGCAGCUAACUCAUCAGAAAUACAAGAUCUCAUAGAUAAUGCGACUCUUCAAACAACGAAAACUCACUUUUCUACUGAUACCAUGACUAAAUGUAUACAAUACAUCGAUUCAUUAAUUCUUAAAGAUCUUAUGCCUAAAGUGAUUGAACUUUUCAAAACGAGUUUGAAGCUUGGAACGAAGCUUGCUUGUUCCAAUUUUCUUAUCAAACUCAGUAGUUUUAUGAAAAUGGAGCUGCAGCCAUACGUUGGUAAGAUAUUAGCUGUGUUGAUCAAUGGUUUAACUGAUAGAAAUGCAGGAGUGAGAAAAAACAAUGCCACGACCAUUGGUCACAUUGUUGGCUGUGCUAAAGAUUCUAGUCUUGAGAAGCUAUUUAAUAUGUUGAAUACUUGGUAUUCAGAAAAAGAAGAUGAUGCAACUCGCUUGGCGAUUGGUCAAACGCUUCAUUCAAUCAACAAUCACAAUCAGGAGAUUAUUAAAAAGUAUUCUAACAUUAUUGUGCCUUUGGCAUUUUUCGCAAUGCACGCUGAGAAAGUGGUUGGUGAAAAUGAAAAGACUAUUGAGCUGUGGGAGGAACUGUGGUCAGAAAUAACUCCGGGCACGGAAUCAGGUAUCAGACAAAAUCUUGCAGCUAUUACCACUACAUUAAAUCAAGCAUUAGAGUCAAAUUCGUGGACGACUAAGGCUCAAGCUGCCAAUGCCGUUUCAACAGCUGCCACAAAAUUAGGAGCAAGUAUUGACGAAGAGGCUAGAAAUUCAUUACUAAAAAUUUUAGUUAAUGGCUUGCAAGGCAGAAUUUGGACUGGUAAAGAGAGGUUGUUAAAUGCUCUUUCUACAUUGGCAUGUAACAGCAAAGAAGCUUUGAAGAAAGAUGAAACACUCAAACAUACAAUCAUAGAAACUUUGUAUAAAGAGAGUAAAAAGGAAAAUAUUGAGUACCGACGUCAUGCUUUUAAGGCCUUAACCGAAGUUUUGCAUGAGCUGGAUGAAGAUAAAUUUAAAGAAGUUUACGAAAUAGCCCAAGAAGUUUUACCGAAACUAACAAGAAAAGGUGAAGACGAUGACGACGAUUCUGCUGAAGACAAUAAAAGAAAACGCGAAGAAAAAAUUAAAUUACAGGAAGUGAUUUACGAAGGACUUGGUAAAGCAUGGCCUACUAAUAAAGAAACUCAAGACCAAUACUGUGUUCGAUUUGUUACACAUUGUUUUGAUUCACUUCCCACCAGUACAAGACCAGUACAAGUUUCGAUUUUGACAGCACUAAAUCGUUUUGUGGAUAAAUCAGUUUUGAUAAAAACUGACUUCAAUAUACUCUCAGAUAAGGAAAAAGAAGAUUUAGAUGUUGUUGGAACCACGCUUUUAAAAUGUUUAAGAUAUGCCAUAGGUAUUGCAAAAUACACGAGAAUCAGAAAAGAAGCUUUAAAUAUUGUAAUAUCACUUUCGAAAAAGUACAAUAAUACACAAAAUAAUCGGCAAUUGAAUUUCAUGAUGGCUUUAAUGAAAGAUAUGCUAGUUGAAUUGUCAAAAGAUAAUCAACCUGAAAUUCGGUCGAGAGUUGUCGAUAUUAAGGAAUUGCUAAAAUUAUAAUUUAAUAACCCUUCAAUUUACGAUCAAAUAUCCAAUGGCAGAGAUGAUUAUUAUUUUCUGUAAUCAUUUCAGUUACUUUACUUUACUGGUGUCAUUUUGAAUUAUUUUACAAAUUUUUCAUUAUUACAAAAUUAUUUAUGUAUAUUUGCAUGCAUUACAUCGUAUUUUCCAUCAGUUUUCAUAUUGUUAUAUUGAAGUUUAACAAACUCUCGUAAAUACAUCUAUGAUAGCCAUUACCUUCGAACACAAAAACAUGAUAUUUAUAAAAUGGCAUAUUUAUGUUGCUUGUUUGGGGAUUUCAUAAUUGAAAUGAGUUAUUUGUAUUUAAAUUUAAGGAAAUAUAAACUUUUCGAUUUGAACAAA